AUGCUCCGCCGAACACUUCUCACUCCGGCCCGGAUACGUCCGUUCUCUUCAUUAACAACAUCGACAGCGACUCGUACUCCUUCCUUGUCGUUAUCCGUUCAACCUUCGAAAUUAUUACAAAGAUCACAGGCGGCUCCGUUACAAUGGCGAAACGCCACUGUUCUGUCACGAUGGUCGUCGACUGAAGCUUCUGCUGCCGAGAAAUCGGCUACUGCUACUGCUGAGGGUGCAAAGGCCGAAACAUCGGCUGGAAAUGGAGAUGCCGCUGCUGCUGCUGCCGCUCAUGCUAAAGAGUUGGAAGCUAAGGCUAAGGAAGUUGCUGAUUUGAAGGACAAAUACCUCCGAUCCGUCGCCGACUUCCGGAAUCUUCAAGACCGUACCGCCCGUGAAGUCAAAUCUGCAAAAGACUUUGCCAUCCAAAAGUUUGCCAAGGAUUUACUCGAAUCGAUCGAUAACCUCGACCGAGCAUUGAUUGCCCAACCUGGGAAUACUUCUGCCGAUCCAGCUGCAGACUAUAAGAACCUUCACGACGGCUUGAAGAUGGUGGAAACCGUCUUGAUGGGCACUCUUAAGAGACAUGGAUUGGAGAGAUUCGAUCCUAUCGGUGAGAAGUUCAAUCCUAAUAUGCAUGAGGCGACUUUCGAGGCGCCCAUGGAAGGAAAGGAACCUGGUACCGUUUUCCACGUCCAGAGCAAGGGAUUCUCGUUGAACGGGAGAGUCUUGAGGGCAGCACAAGUCGGUGUCGUUAGGGCCUAA